GAUGCAUCGAAUACAACCGUGCACCACGCAGUUCCCAUGGGCCAUGGCGUUCGCACUCUCAAGAGUCGUUCGUGGCUCUUGUAUCCGAAUCGUCUUGGAAACCUAUUUCCAUCGGUCUAGGUGAAGGUAUGGUGACAUUCAAACCAUCAUGAAGUUCUACAUCGCGUCGACGGCGCUAUUAGGCGCGAUCGGCCUCGUAUGCGCUGAUCCGUGGUUACCUCCUUGCGCGCAAGCAUGCGUCGCGUCAACACCAGUGCGCUGCCGACCGACCGACUUUUCGUGCGCCUGUACCACGAAGAAGUACAUCAAGGCGUUGAUGUAUUGCAUCAUCUCCGACUGCAGUGCCGAGGAUCAAGAACAUGCGAUCGCGUAUCUGGAUGAUUUGUGCCAUGCGGAUUGGCAGCCGCAGACGAAAAGCUGGUUCGCCCCACACUGGGGCCUCGAACUGCGACAAUUUCGAAACACGACUUCAAACGGGACAAACACCGGCGGAGGUACAUCGGGAGGCGGAUCAGGAGGCGGAUCAAGCGGAUCAAGCGGAUCAAGCGGAUCGGGAGGCAGCAGCACCUCUACACGAAGGAACGGUCUAGGUUCCGGAGCCAAAGCAGGCAUAGGCGUAGGCAUUACGGGCGGAGUCCUGCUGAUCGGCGCGCUUGCGGGUGGCAGAUGGUGGAAGGCCAAUCGAGGCAAGCAGGCGGCAGCCGCCGCGGCCGCCGAGCCGCCGCCCGUGAUGUCGCAGCCGCCGCCCGGACCGCAGGAGAUCGACGGCACGCAGCGGCCGUGGGCAGGGUCGGAGUUGGCGGGUCAAGGGAUUGUCGCGGCAUAUACACCAUCUUCGGGGACUCACGAGCUGCCAGUCAAUCAGCAGCAGCAACAAGGGGAAAAGCCGCCUGAACCCGCUCAGGGGCCGCCGCAACCGCCUCAACCGCAACCGCCUCAACCGCAACCGGUGUAUCAGGGACACAAUCCACACGAGAUGCCGGCUGGAGUGCCGGGUUGGUAUGGGGGACCGCAACCGGGAUCCGAUCCGCCGAAACCAUGAGUUAGAUGAAAGCGUGGCUGGCGUUGUGGGGGUCUCUUUUGUGGAUAUAUCUUCGAUUGGAGUGUUAAUCUCAAGCAUAUUGGCAUACCCGGGGCGCGAGAAUGGGUUAUUCAGAUGAUUGGCAUCGCAGUUAAUAACCAUCUACCACAUUUUUCGAUUUCUAGCUCCUGUCCCAUGCGAAAUCCGGA